CACCCAACAAAAUAAAAGCAACUCGGAAAAAAAAUGAUCCCCUCACCAACCCCCCUCUCUCCCCCAACGACCUACGAAACCCUUCCUUUAACACAUAUAAAAGUCACCCACUACCCGCCCGGAUCUCCUACUGCGACGCAGGUGGUGGUCGUUAGCCUCAAUAGGCCGGAGAAGCAGAAUGCGUUUACGGUGGAGAUGAUGGGGGAUUUUGAGACUAUCUACCCACUAUUAGACGUCGACGAGCGAGUAAAAGUAAUCGUCCUAACAGGAGCCGGCAGGACGUUCUGCGCGGGCGCGGAUCUGGAGAGGGGGUUCAAGGGGGGUGAGGAGAGGGCGGUGGAUCAUAGGGAUGGAGGAGGGAGGGUCGCGUUAGCGAUCUACAGGUGCAGGAAGCCUACUGUUGCCGCUAUGCAGGGGAGUGCUGUUGGUGUGGGUAUGACGAUGGUGUUACCUGCUGCUAUCAGAAUUGCCCACGAAACCAGCAAAUACGGCUUCGUAUUCGCCCGCCGUGGCAUCACAAUGGAAUCCGCAUCCUCCUUCUUCCUACCUCGUCUGAUCGGGUAUUCGCGAGCCAUGUACCUGAUCACAACAGGCGCCGUCUUCCCGCCUACGUCGCCACACUUCGGACACCUGUUUCAAGAAACUGUUAAAGAUGCGAACGAGGUGUUGCCCAGGGCAAUCGAAUUAGCGACAGAGAUAGCCGAGCAUACGAGUGGCUUGGCGGGGUUCCUGAAUCGGAAUCUGAUGUGGAGGGGUCCUGGGAGUGCGGAGGAGAGUCAUUUGGUGGAUUCGGCGGUGCUUUAUCAUAUGUUUUCUAAUCGGGAUCAGAGGGAGGGAGUGAGCAGCUUUUUGGAGAAGAGAAGGCCGAGGUUUGAGGCGACGGUGGAGGAGGAUGCGCCGCCGACGUUUCCGUGGUGGGUGGAGGUUGAUACGGGGAGUAGGGCGAAGGUUAGGAAGGGGCCGGCGAAGUUGUAG